CAGGCCGGCGCUCCAUCCACUGAGCCACGCGGGCCGGGCGAAACCGGAAUCUUCUAAUCAGUUGCCCGCAGCUUGCAGGGAGCCUGUAGGAAAGUCCCUAGUUUCUUUGACCCGGGUUUCCUCACCUGCAAAAAUCAGUGUUGGCCGAGUUUCCCCUCUAGAUUUAUAUAAACGGAACAUUUCGCCACAGUUACAAGCAUCAACACUGACUUUUGUUGCUGCUAGCUUGUAAUCUUAAUCACCUAGAGCCAACCAUCUUCAGGGGAACUGAGGUCAAAGGUGGCAGUCGUCUUGGUUCUUGCACUGGUUCACCAUGACCGUAACAAGUCACAGCUGCAUUUCGGAUCUUUCUGUAAAACACGGGGAGGGGUUGCCUGGGCAACACCAAGCUCUCUCAAGGAGAUCUGGGUUUUCUCAAACCCAAGGGCUGGGCUCCUAACCCCCGACCUAGAGGCGGAACUUGAAACCUGGGCCUCAGUUUCCCCACGGCAGAAGACUCAGUACAGCUACACAGGCACCCUUUCCUACCGCCCUCCCCCGCACACACGUGGGGCCUUUGGAAUUUGACUAGACAAGAAGAAAAUUCUUGAAACACAACUAUCUUGAAACACAACUAUUUAUUUUCCACUUCAUUUUCGGCCGCUGAGGGCGUUUCCAUAGUAACACGCCCUUCUAGUCGGUUCCACACACAGAAGGUUCCAGAGUUCCAGGUUCAGGUCUCAGACUCUCCUGGAAGCAAAUAUUCUCAGGCUCUUAUUGGUUACCGCCAGCCGAGCCCCCUCGUAACCCUGGCAACAGCACCGCCUACAAGUUUCCGGGCUACGAUUGGUCCGAGCUCGAAAGACCUAACGUGAGCUCCUUAGGCCAUUGGCCCGAGUCACAGGAAACUGGCGCCGCGGUUGGUGAGUCUAGAGGUCAGUCAGAGCCAGAGACCGGGUCAAAUAGGGAGAAAUGGCGGCUGAGCCAGCCUGUGGGUGAGUGAUUUCGGAAGGGGUGGAGAUGUAAGGCCACUGCUCACGGUCGGCCUGGACACGGUUCCCAAGGGGGUGGGAGGUUGACGUCUCUUCUGGCUCCGGCCGGACUCCGUGUGGAAGAGCCUGACAUCCACAUCCUCCCAUCGGGCUGGAGCCCUGUUUUAAGGCUGAAGAGAUGGAGGCUCAGAAGGUGUCACUGACUUGCCCAAGAUCACACAGCAAAUUUGGGGCAAUUGCAUUUCUCUUGUAUACACCAGGACCACAUGAAAGAAUGGAUGCCAAAAGGCCCCUCUUUGGAACAAGAUCUGGGAAAUACAGUCCAGCCUCAAGCCUCAACUUAGUUGGAGCUUGAGAGACUGAGCCUCCUGUACAGCAGCCUCGCAGAGAAGUAUUUUGACCUUGGCAUCUAGACAUUUCCCAUCUCCCCCAUGGCCCUGACAAUGCUGAAUGAGCUCCUCCUUGAGGACCCAAGCCCAUCUAUGCUGCUGUACCAGGUUAGCAAGCCUGCCAAGUUAGAUACCCUCAACUAUCAGAGCAACUUUAUGCAGGACAUCUUUGCCCAUUUCCCUGAUACCUUAUUUAUCCACCGGACCUAUAACCCAACGGGCAAGGUGUUAUAUACCUUCCUGGUGGAUGGCCCUCAGGUGCAGCUGGAGGGUCAUCUUGCCCGGACAGUUUACUUUGCCAUUCCUGCCAAGGAGGAUGCUGAAGGCCUGACCCAGAUGUUCCAGGUAUUCAAGAUGUUUAACCCAGCCUGGGAGAAAGUCUGUACUAUCCUGGUAGAUCCCUACUUCUUCCCUCUGCCCAUCCUAGCUAUGGAGUUCCCCAAAGCUGAGGUCCUGCCCUCAGCCUUCCAUAUCUGUAAGUUCCUCCAGGACAAGUUCUAUCAGCUUUCCCUCGAACAGCCUGUGAAGCAGGUGCUCCUGACCGCCCUGCAGAGCACAAUGUGCUCGGCCACUGCUGGCAACCUGAGGAAGUUACAUGCACUCCUGAGCAACUGCAUCCCCCCAGACCAGCUGACCAAGCAACACUCAUACUGGCUGCUCAAUGACCGCAUCUGGCUGGCCCACCGUCGGAGAAGCCAAGCCGAGAGCAGCCACUACUUCCAGGGCCUGGAGGUCACCACCCGCAUCCUCAGCCAGUUCUUUGGCACCACCCCAUCUGUGGAACAAGGCAUAACCUCCUUGCUCCGAUUCAUGCAGCAGAACUCUGGGGACAAGGCAGUCCUCAGCCUGGGCCUGAGUCCCCAGAGCAAUUGUGCCCCCUCGGACGUCAGCCCCCAGAGCCCCAAAGUGGAACAGUUGGUAGAAGACUGCAUCCAGCACUCCCUCCACACCAUCUGCACAGAGCCAGCAGCCCAGCUCUGCCUGGGUGAGCUUGCCGUGGUCCAGAAAUCUAUGCAGCUCAUUGGCUCUGGCUCUGAAAAAGUGAAUGUACAAAUCCUGGAAGACACCCAUAGAGUGCAGCCCCAGCCCCCUGCCAGCUGCAACUGCUACUUUAACCAGGCCUUCCACCUGCCCUGCCGCCACAUCCUGGCCAUGCUCAGUGCCCGGCACCAGGUGCUCCAGCCUAAUAUGCUGCCACCUCAGUGGACAGCAGACUGUGCUGCUAGUCUGGAUGACAUCCUGGGCAGCAAGUGUAGUGAGAACCUGGAUAAGCACUUGGCUGUGGCUCUCCUCACUGAGCAGGUGGGUCAGCUCUUACAACACUGCAGCCAGGAGGAGUUUGAACUGCGGUACAGCACCCUGCGGAGACUGGCCGACAUCUGGAUCGGCCCUUACGAGCAGGUCCAGCUGUGAUUACCCUGUGCUAAGAGAUGCUCACACACAGGUACACACAUCCUCCCCUACACACACACUCACUGUUGUACUUCCCUGGACCCUCCCUCCAGGACAAAACAGAGGUCUUCUAUUGCCUCCUGCUACCUACAAUAUGUCUAGUUUCCUAAGACGGGAGUCAGCAAACCUUUUCUGCAAAGGGCCCGACAGUAAAUAUUUUAGGCUUUGCUGGCCAUAUACAGUCUAUUGUACUUGGUUUUGGUUUUGUUUGUUUUUUCCAACCUUUUGAAAAGGUAAAAACUAUUCUUAGCUCAAGGGCCUUACAAAACAGGUGACCUCUGCUCUGAGAUAAGAGGUACAGACAGUGGGUAAAGAUCAAGGUCUGGGAUAAGUUACCCCAGUCAUGAGAUGACUCUCCUGACUCCCAGAGGAAGAGGCCCCUCAGAGGAGCUGGUGCAGCCAGGUUCCCAGUCUUUUUACUACCCCGGCCCCAUCCUGAGGUCAUUAAAGUUGAAUGUUGCCUACUUUAGCACUCGUCUAGUUUUUUAUCUUGCAGAAGGCACGUUAGAAAAUGUCAUGGAAAGAAUAGAGAUUUUGGAGUCUGAUGCUACAUGCAAAUCCUGAUUCCUUACUUGCCUGAUUUUUGAGACCUGGUCUGCUGUUUACUAGCUAUGGGACUUCAGGCAAGUCAUCUAGCCCCAAUUUGUUCGUCUAUAAAAGUGAAGAUCCUGCCGAAACCGGUUUGGCUCAGUGGAUAGAGCGUC